GAUGAGUUUAGCACUUCGAGCUGAGUUUGCGCUGGAGAAAGGCAAGAAAAAGAAGAAGAGGGAGUUAGCUGAAGAGCAGAAGCAGGAAAUCAGGGAAGCAUUCGACUUGUUUGAUACAGACAAAGAUCGCGCCAUUGACUACCAUGAGCUCAAGGUUGCCAUGAGGGCCUUAGGGUUUGAUGUGAAGAAAGCGGACGUUUUAAAGAUUCUGCGUGAUUAUGAUAGAGAGGGUACUGGAAAGAUUUCAUUUGAAGACUUUAAUGAAGUCAUGACAGACAUGAUGCUAGAGAGAGAUCCUCAAGAGGAGGUGCUGAAAGCCUUUAAAUUGUUUGAUGAUGAUUCUUCAGGGAAAAUCAGUCUUCGCAACCUCAGGAGAGUAGCCAGGGAGCUGGGAGAAAAUAUGACAGAUGAAGAACUACGAGCUAUGAUUGAUGAGUUUGAUAGAGAUGCUGAUGGUGAAAUUAACGAAGAUGAAUUUAUUGCCAUAAUGACUGGGGACACGUGAGAGGACUACCUAUGUGCUGUGUGACCUAAACAGUGUUUUAGUAUUGAAAUUCAUUGUGUAAUGACAUGGACCAAAAUGUAUUUAAAAUGGUUAAAGUUUCCAAAGUAAAUGAAUUUGUGAAAAAUCAAACCGGUCUCUGUUGGAAAUAGAUUCUCAAUAUCCUGCUUCCUUUGUGUGAUAAUUAUUCAUAAAUUCUAUUCAAGCUAUAUUUAGAAUUUUAAAAGUGAAAUCUACUUUUGGUAUUAAGGUUUUAAAAUAAUUAUUCUUCUGGUAGACAACUAAAUUGUUAAAUUUGAUGUGUAGAUAUUAUUUACGAUUUUUGUUAUGGUACACUUAUGUAUAUCAUAUGACAUUGGUUGUCAGUUUAAAGUUACAUCUAUCAUUCAGGUAUCAGUGUCUCUCGAGGAGUAUGUAGAUAUGUAUGGUGAAUGAAGGUGUGCAUUUGUAUGUCAGUUUGUGAAUAUGUGUGAGUGAAAACAGUGACCUAUUUUCUGGUUUUCUGUAACAUAAUUUUGAUGUGUGGGAGGAUGUUUCUGGCUGUCAGUAGAUGAGGGUACAGUGUAUUGUAGAUGGUGAUGAUGAUAGAUUAUAUAUUAUAUAUGUUAGUAGACAAGAUAAGGAAAUAUACAAAUUUAUUAAGAAUGUAAUUAAUUAACAUGACAAGUUAAUAUCAUUAUUGUCAAUUACAUUUUAAACUGUAAAAGUAUUAAAACUUUUGAUACAAAAUCUGU